AUGGCAGGCUUAUCGGUUCCUCCAAGAGGUUCAGGGAAGGAUCAAAUGUUGGAACGUUACUUGAAUCUCAUGGCGGAACAGAGGCAAAGGCAGCAGGCAAUAGUGUUGACCACAACUCAAAACACGCAAGAGAUUGAUUAUGUUAAGAAACCUCCUCGAGCAACUCAAGAAGUUCCCAAGAACAGUCGAAAACAUGAAGAGUGGAAAGAAUCAACAACAAAAUCUCAAGAAACUUACUGGAAUCUCUUGGAUGUGACAGAAGAGGCGGGAACAACUACAGUCUUUGCCAAAAGAAGUCGUGAAACUGAAAAGCUCCAGGCAAGUUUACAACGGCCUUCGUCAAGUCUAUUAGAUUUUCAAGAAGAAUCUGGCUUAGUAGAUUUAUCGCCACCCCAAAGACUCAGGGAACCCGAAGAAAGCCAAGCAGAUCACGAAGAAACCAGCUCGGCCCUAUUCGAUUUGGAAGAAGUAGUAUCUGAUGAAACAGCCCUGUCAUCACCUCAAAAAGCUCAAGAGACCGAUGCAAUUCAAGAAGCCGAGUAUAAUCAAGAUACUGAAGGAACUGAAGAGUCCGAGGCAGAUCAUGAAGAUGAUGACCAGUGGUGGGGUCUUUCCCAUCUGGAAGAAGAUCAUACGCCUCUUCGAAUGCUACCCUCUCUCUCAGAGCUUCCUGGAAAAGUUAGACGGCAAAUUUGGAACUUCGCCCGUCCUGAAGCACGUUACAUAAAGAUUCGAGAGUCCAAAUGGAGUGCAGCACUUUGCUCAGAUGCGCCAAUUCCAGCUUUGCUUCACACUUGUCAAGAGUCAAGGAAAGUAGCUUUGAAAUGGUACGACUUGUCAUUUGCAAGGGAUCCUGAGAUGGGGUUUUGGGACCAGAAGACCUUGAAUGAGCUGAUGAACAAUGCACUUACUAAAGGACAACGCGCCCAAGCAAGAAUCUACUUUGACUGGGAACGUGAUGGCAUAUAUUCUCAAUGUGCUCGUUGUAAUGCCCAUAGAAUGAGCUGUAGACACGCUCCUCUCUCUUUCGAUUGGCUUAGAGUUAAGCGCUUGGCAUACGGAGGUCCUCUUUCCAUCAAUCCUUUUUACAAGCUUACAUUGUGUUAUCCUGCCGUCGAAAGUAUCAUGCUUAUUCAUGGUCGAAGCGCUGUUCGACGCACGGCAGUUUCACCUUCCGAGUUCAUACCAGUCAUUGAAAAGUUUGAAUGGGAAGGAGAUGAUUUGCUUGCAACUUGUCUUGAAACCUUACAGAACACCGGUCCGGAGUGCGAUGCACUUGAAACCAUCACAUCAGUCCAAAGAAUGACUUUAAUGGAUGUCAAUCAGACAAAAGUGGUUGACCGAACGGAAAGUAGUUAUUGGCCUUGCCGUUAA